UCCCUGUCUCGUUUCCUCGGCCGCCAGAGGAGCUCUCGUCUUCUUCCUAUCGUGGCCUCCUUCGAUCUUUCCUCGUCUUCCACGGUCGCCUACGAUCAAGUCCUAUAACUCUGCGAGAAUUAGGUUAUCCUACACUUUCGACCCGAGCCUCGGCAAAAGCUUGCGGGGACAGCAACCCUACACUUCCGUUCUUCUCCGUGAGCCGGCCAUCUUCACCACCGUGAUUGCCUUCUCCGGACGCGAUCAUCAACGGAUCCUCCGAACCAAUUCAUUUCCUGCGAGGGACUGUCCUCCCUCGUGCAGCCGUGAGCCCUCCGGAACCUGUAUCCUCUGCAGUCCACUGUGUGAGAUUUCUCCUAUCUGCGGCUCGGACAUCAGAAAGAAGCGCUCUAGCCCGUUCGUCACCAGGAGCCGAAGCCUCGUCGUCCUUGGAGCCGAUCCUGCACGAGGGAACAUAGCAUCCUGCGGUUAGCGAGGUUUGGAAUUACUCGGGCAACGACAGCAUCUUCAAAGCGAGGGUUUACGGCGGGAGAGUCGCACUUCAUCUAUGGCGAUCGAAUGCCUCGUUUUAGGGGCAGGGCAAGAGGUAGGGAAGAGCUGCGUUGUUGUGUCAAUUGGUGGGAAGCGGAUUAUGUUCGACUGUGGCAUGCAUAUGGGAUACCUGGACCACCGUCGCUUCCCUGAUUUCUCUCUCAUCUCUGAGACUGGUGAUUUCAAUUCUGCUCUCACCUGUGUCGUCAUAACACACUUCCAUCUAGAUCAUGUUGGUGCUCUUCCUUACUUUACAGAAGUUUGUGGGUAUCGUGGACCCAUAUACAUGACGUAUCCAACUAAGGCCUUGGCCCCAUUGAUGUUAGAAGAUUACAGAAAAGUUAUUGUAGAUCGAAGAGGAGAGGAAGAGUUGUUUACAUACGAUCAUAUUAUGGAGUGUAUGAAGAAAGUUAUACCUUUGGACAUAAAACAAACUAUUCAAGUUGAUAAGGAUCUUGAGAUACGUGCCUAUUAUGCUGGACAUGUCCUUGGAGCUGCAAUGAUUUAUGCAAAAGUUGGAGAAAGCACUAUUUUGUACACAGGGGAUUACAAUAUGACACCAGAUCGACAUCUUGGAGCUGCUCAAAUCGAUCGUUUACAGCUAGAUCUUGUUAUAACUGAAUCCACCUAUGCAACAACUAUUCGUGACUCAAAAUAUGCUCGAGAAAGAGAGUUCUUAAAGGCGGUUCACAAAUGUGUUGCUGGAGGAGGAAAAGUUCUCAUCCCAACAUUUGCCUUGGGGAGAGCACAGGAACUUUGCAUUUUAUUGGAUGAUUACUGGGAACGAAUGAAGUUAAAGGUCCCCAUCUACUUCUCUGCUGGUUUGACAAUUCAAGCAAAUAUGUAUUAUAAGAUGUUUAUUGGAUGGGCAAGCCAAAAGAUCAAAGACACUUCAUCAGUGCGCAAUACAUAUGACUUCAAACAUGUGUGUCCUUUGGACCGAUCUCUUGUUAAUGCACCUGGACCUUGUGUUCUCUUUGCGACACCUGGGAUGAUUAGUGGAGGAUUUUCCCUCGAGGUUUUUAAGCAGUGGGCUCCAUCUGAGCUAAAUUUGGUCACACUUCCUGGAUACUGUGUUGCAGGGACCAUAGGGCAUAAACUGAUGUCGGGAAAGCCAACCAAAGUAGAUUUGGACAAAGAAACCCAGAUCGAUGUUAGAUGCCAGAUCCAUCAACUAUCUUUCAGUCCUCACACGGAUGCUAAAGGGAUCAUGGAUCUUAUCGGAUUCCUCUCUCCGAAACAUGUGAUGCUUGUACAUGGUGAAAAGCCGAAGAUGGCCUCACUACGAGAAAGAAUUCAAUCUGAGCUGCGGAUACCGUGCUGUUAUCCAGCCAACAACGAAACAGUGCUGAUUCCUACCACUCCUAGUGUCAAAGUAGGUGCCACAAAGAUGUUCAUCCGCAGGUGUUCUACUUCCACACUUGGUAAAACAGAUGACAAGCUGCUCAUUUCAUGCUCGACUUCCAAUGAAGCUUCAGGUGCCCGAGGCAUCCUUGUGAUGGAGAAAACUAAAACCGCAAAGAUCAUCGAUGAGGAUGAGCUUGUACAUACUCUUGGACUAGAAGAACAUCAAGUACUAUAUGCCCUUUGCCGCCCUGUGGAAUUCAGUACCAUGGAGCUGGCAACAAAUGAAGCAAAUAUCAUCUCACUUUGUGAGAGUUCUCUCAUGGUGGUGGAUGUGCCAACGAGUUCGACUACAGAAGAUGUAAAUUCUGCAGAAAAUCGCAGUUCCCUUCAUAGUUUGCUGGUGCAAUUUAGAGCAAAAAUAGACUGCACGAACAUUCAAGUUGUUCCAGGUCAUCUGCAGCUGCGCUCCUUCCAUGUUUCUGUUUGUUCGAACGAAGAUUGUAAAUAUAGGAUGAAGAACAAGAAUGGCAUUCCCAAGUCGAUGGUAUAUUUCUGCUGCAGAUGGUCACCGGUGGAUGACAAGUUUGCGAGGGAGCUGCUUCAGAUUAUGGAGCAGUUGAACUCAUCAUGCUGAUGUCGAUUUCAAUCCUUCAUUAUGUUUUUAUCAGCUUAUUUAGUUAAAGAGUUUCUGUUAGUACAGUGUUUCACACACAUUCUAUGUCAACACUAACUAAUAGCAGCCUCAUGUUUUGCUUGUCACCCUAAUUCUUAUGAGAAUUUAUUUGUAAAAGGGAAAUUACAUUUUUGUAAAAGGGAAAUUACAGUU